CUUCGAUUCGGUAUAAUUGACGAGAGAGAGGAAGUGUUUACCGAGUAUCAUAUGUAUGCGGUAGAGUUAAAGAGAAAAAAGGACCAAGAAGAGGACACAGUGUCACAACGCGUGUGAAAUGGAUGGUACGCCAAAGAAAAUCGAAGCAGUGUUAAUAUAUGGAUGCCCAUGGGUGGAAUUUGGCCGAAAUGUGCCAGCGUUACCAUCACGCUGUACCGGCAGCCCAAAAUUCUUCGCCAGCUAGGGAUCCCUCGGCUGCCAUUGUGCAAGGCUUGUCAACGGCUACGCACAUCGACCAGGCCAGCCCUUCUUACUCCCACUACACGAUGCUGGAUAAUUAUGACAGGGGUGAGGUGACACCACCGCCGGUGAGCAGCUAUGGCGGUUCCCCUGGACUCUUGGCACUUCAUUCCUCGCUUUAUGCGACACCCACGUCGAGGGCCUACGACAUCGAGUCGAAUAUCGACGGCAACGACAGUUCCAUGCCCAUCGAUACCCAAAUCAUUUCGAUACCGGGAAUGUUGAGCGGCCCAGCACAACAGCGACUGGAGGACAUGUCCUGGCUGGCUUCCGGUCCGUCGCUGGAAUAUCAACAAGGCAUCUCGCCGAUUCCCGCAGGAGUGAAGAUGUGCCAUCCAGGCAGCACGGCCCAGAGGAGCCUGAAGGAGCAACGGAUACGUCGCCCGAUGAACGCGUUCAUGGUCUGGGCAAAGGUCGAGCGCAAGAAAUUGGCCGACGAGAAUCCCGAUCUCCACAACGCCGAUCUCAGCAAGAUGCUCGGAAAGAAAUGGCGAGGGUUGACCCCGCAGGACAGAAGGCCGUACGUCGAGGAAGCCGAGAGGCUGAGGGUCAUACACAUGCAGGAACACCCGAACUACAAGUACAGGCCACGACGCAGGAAACACGCGAAACGAGCCCCAGGGGCGCCGUCCUCCCCUCCAUCCGCGACCAACACCACGGCCAAUAGGUCCAACCCCUCUGGUACCACGAUUCAUCAUUCCAUGUCCAAGAUGGACAGUUAUCAAGGCAUUCCUCAGAUCCCAUGGGGCGGCCAUUCCCCGAUCUCAUCCCUGUAUCACCAACAGCAGCAGCAAGGUAUCCAGGAGUACAAAUCGGAGAGCAAUUCCUUGUACGGUAGUCCUUAUACGCCUAUCAUUCACACACCGGACAUAUCUCCAGUUGCCAGUCCCGAGCCAGAUGGUGACGGGACGCAUUUGCCAUCCAACCAAAAUCCAGAUCCUGAACGAGAUCUGAUGGAGGGUUCGUCGAAGCAGCACAACGAAAUGAACGAGCAAACGAAACGGUACACUUUUAUGAGUACCGAUAAUCAGCUGCACACGGGUCAUGCUGGUGGUACUAGCAUAUCGUCGUGUCAGAAUUCUGGUGCUUACACGGACACUCUGACUUACAAAAAAUCGGUGAGUUACUUGAAUUUCGAGAGACAGCCGUCGAGUAUAGCCGCGGUGGGUAUAGCAAAUGGUAUGAUGGUGUCGUGCAAUAAAUUGCGCUCGGGUUUUGAGAAUGUUGGCUCUGUGACGGGAACUUUUUAUCCGCCGGUUGCAUCCCCGCACGAUCAAUCGUUGCAACACUAUACCAGCACCCAGUCCUCGAAAACUGCCAACUAUUCGAUGCAGUCCACCGUCGAGACCAACUAUAAUCCUGUUCAGUGUGCCAAUCGACAGCAGUCCAUGGGGAUUCGCGGAGCCGCCGAAGGUUGUUCCGGUGUAUCCCACCGGUACCAAAUGACUCAUCACCAAGAGUACCAAACCGAGGGGACCAGUACUGGCCAACAGCAUCCAAUUCUAGGCCACAUGGAGGCAGCAAUGGCAGCGAGCGCUGACGAGGAACAGCAACAGACACUACAAUUGGAGAAAUACUUCAAAUACUCUCAUCCAAGCAGUGUAGCACACACUAGCCUCACCUCGCAGAAUCUCCUUGAUAGCAACCAUAAUUAUGCCAGUGAUCUGCGUUACUAUACUCCACAGCAGACUCAAUUGGACAUGUCGAACUCUCAGUGCAUUGUUGAGAAUCAGUCGAAGGACGGACGAUGCGCGAACGUGGCUAUAGGUCACUCGAUGGACCAAUAUCAUCAGGCUAUAGACGUGGCCAAGUAUCAAGAACAUUCGUCCCAGCAGCAACAACAACAGCAGCAGCAGCAACAGCAGCAACAGCAGCAGCAGCAGCAACAAGGACAACAGACGCAGAGCAUGGAGCAUAUGUCGAAGCCGGAAGACGACUUCAGUGUAAUACUUGCCGACGUGCGCAAGACUUGUUACAGUAGCUAGU